CUGUGCUAAUAAUUCACUCACAUACGAUUAUGGCUGCUGAAUGGGGAAACAGACGGACAGGAUAUCUACUUAAUGCUAAGCUCCAUGUUGGGCUUCCUGUGAACCCUUUUUGGCUGGAAAGGAGGCCACUAUAAAUCCUGAAGUCAUGAAGGUAAGAGCAGACACAGCGAAUACAAACUGAGGUGGGGCAACACAAUCUGGACACAAAAGCAGUUUGACAAAAAUGUGGCUGGCCCUUCUUACGUAUUACCUUGCCACACUUUUUCUCGCCCAAUGUCAAAAUCCAUGCAUCGGACACUCCACAUUCAAGAGUCCAGAUAACUCAGACAUUGAGGUCCUCUGUGGCUCUCAGAAUGUGGAUCUCCAGAUCCUCCUGUGUCCCAUCUACUUCAAUGGAUACAAUGAGUCACUGCUGGCCCUCAACUCAGAGCACUCCAAACACCAGUGUAAAGGGACUCCGGACUGGUCGGUGGACCCGCCCGUUGUCAGAUUCAACUUCUCGAUCACAGAGGAGGCCAUUUCAGCCUGCUCCAGCGAGCUGACAGUCACUGAGGAGGCGGGAACAGGACUGUUUGCAGACUUCUCCCAUGUCCAGUACAUAACCAUCUCAGGCAUGAUUUGCUCUAAGGAUCCCACCACAGGAGCCAUCACCUAUCACCAAGAGGUGAUGUACAGGUUCUCUUGCCGCUACCCGUUGCAGUACCUGGUCAACAAUACUCAGAUGAGCGUGUCUGGGGUCAGCCUGGCAGUCAAAGACAAUAACGGAAGUUUCGUCAGCACACUGAGCAUGCGACUCUACGCGGACAAAAGCUACUCUUCCGUGCUGCAGAUUCCACCAGUAGGCCUGGAGCUAAAGACCAGGAUCUUUGUAGAAGUGAAGGCGUCCAACCUUACAAACAGAUUCAACGUGCUCCUAGACCGAUGUUACGCCACAACCUCGCCUUUCCCCGUCAACACCUCACAUCACGAUCUCUUUGUUGGGUGUAACCGAGAUGGCCAGACAGUAAUGGGAGUCAACGGACUGCAGCAGGAAGCACGCUUCUCCUUUGAGGCUUUCCGCUUUAUCCACAAUACAGACCAAACUUUCUCCACGUACUACGUGCACUGCGCUACCAGGCUCUGUGUGAACUCCUUCUGCCCAAACCUCGUUCAGAACUGCACCAACUCGAGGAGGCGCCGAAGUGUCAGCGACAACCAGGGCACCAAAGUCAGCGACAUGGCCACCAUCACCUCAGGCCCCAUCACUACCCGCCUAGACAACGGGUAUCUGAUGACAUCUGGAGGUGCUCAGCAGACUCAUAUGAACAGCAGCAUGCUGGCUGUUUCAGUCGUGGCAGGCAUCGUCGGAGCCAUCUGCCUUACUCUGGUGGCUUUCAUUGUUCACCAGAUGUACAACUCUAAAAUCAGUUUCAACAAAACAAUCCUGUACCCACAACAGUGACAAAGGGUGAAUACAUCUUGAAAAGGAUUUUGUCAUGUUUCAUUCUCUCAUACUAUAUGGCCUACAGUAUCAUGGGAGCAUUGUGAUAACUGGGUGAGAGCAAAAGUCUCUUUCUUCUGCAUUAAUUGUUGGUCUUAUACAAUAAAGGUUCCUUUAAAUAACCAUACGAUAGUAGAAGACCACAAAGUUGUAUCUUUUAAUAUAUCAAUUUAACUUUCAUUUAGCCUAGAAAGGAUUUUUAACAGGUUAACAAACAGUCUCAGUUUAAUACUGAUGCCUCUGUAUGAUCUACAUAAAAACAAACAAGACCACCAGAGAGAAGAUUUAAGCUUGGAAGAGCUAUUUCUAAAUCAAUGAAAUCAAUGAAACAAGGCAGUGGAAACACUUCCACAGAAUCAAUACAAAAUGAAAGUUCCUUGAAAGAGUCUCAUAUUUACUGUUGUCUGACAGGAUUCAAGUACUUAAGUACAAUUUUGAGGUACUUUUAGUUAUAUUUUACUUCAUUAGCCUACAUUUCAACAGGAUAUGUAGUACUCCACUUCAGUUAUCUGACAGCUACAGUUAAGAUUUUAUAUAAAAAACAUGAUAAUCUCAUGAAACACGGUAACUACAACUACAACCUUUUUGGCUCAUUUCAGAGGUUCUAAUGACACAUAUGGAUUUGAAAUAUAUGAAAGUGUUCCCAAUUUCUUCACACCACUUUGCACAGUUUAAAAAAAGGGUUUUCUGAUGCAUUAUAUCAGUUUGGCAUUACUGCGGUCUUUAAUAAAAUGCUUCUAUAUGUCUGCAGUGGUAGAAAGUAACUGAGUAGAUUAGGCUCAGGAAAAAUUCAAACAAACAAGGCGAUGGAAACACUACCGCUUUUGUCCACAGGGGUCUCAAUUUUACUGUUGGAUAUAUUUCAGUGAUAUCAAGUUAAUCCUCUCCCACCAACAAAGCAGACAGGAACAACAGCACACACAUGCACUCUAACUAUACAUUACAGCCUUGGACACUGCUUUAGGCUGUAUUCAUGUUAUACUGGGUAAUGGAACUGAGGGGAAUGGUUAUUUGUUACUAAAGCAGGGUGAUAGGUAGCUCACAUUCAGGGUUUUUAUAAAAAAAUACUUUUAUAACUAUUAAAGCUUCAGAAGUCUAUGUAUUUUUGAAUCUAAUGAAUGUGUUUGACAAAACUGUAACUGUCAUUAUUAAUGGUGAAUAUUUAUGGUGUUUCUUAAUGAUCCAUUUAGAAGAUGUCACAAAACUGAUAUAUAAAGCUACAAUACUGUACUUUUAUAUUGGUAUUUCUAAAAUUAAAACAUUUAUUAUUUUGUC